AUGUCGGGCAAAAGCGAGCGGGGUAUUGACGGUUGGAUCGCCCUGAUGAUCGGAAAGGCACCCCACCGUCUGAGCGUCACGAACCGUCACGGCGUCUUCGGGGUUUUCCGCCGCGGGUAUAUCUAUCUCCCACUCUGGACAAUUCUCCCCCGCUUGCUGCAAUUGCUCUGUGCCGCCGCUGUCAUCGGGUUAUGCGCCGCGGUGCUCGGACGAGAUGAAUACAACUACUUCAACCCCGUGGUGAUCCCCGGCAUCGUCGCGGGAAGCGCGACGCUUCUACUCCUCCUCCCCCCCACGACCUUCGGCUCGCUGCCCUACUUCCGCGGCCGACUGUACGAUCCCCGCGUCGGGCUGCUGGCGGACAUGUUCGGCACCGCGCUGUAG